GUCAUAAAGUUAUUUUUCUUAUUCAAUAAGAAAUAUCAGAAUGAAACUUAUCAUCGCUUUAGCUGCCCUCAUCGUUGUUAUCAACGCUGCAUCUGAUCAGGAGUUGUGGGCUGAUUUCAAGAAAACUCAUGCAAAAACCUACAAGAGCCUGAGAGAAGAAAAGCUUCGUUUCAACAUCUUCCAAGAUACCCUUCGUCAAAUCGCUGAACACAAUGUCAAAUACGAGAAUGGCGAGUCCACCUACUACCUAGCCAUCAACAAGUUCUCCGACAUCACAGACGAAGAAUUCAGGGACAUGCUGAUGAAAAACGAGGCCUCAAGACCUAACUUGGAGGGUCUGGAGGUAGCCGAUUUGACAGUAGGAGCUGCUCCAGAGUCCAUCGAUUGGAGAUCGAAGGGAGUUGUUCUUCCUGUUAGAAAUCAAGGAGAAUGUGGAAGUUGCUGGGCAUUGAGUACUGCGGCUGCCAUCGAAAGCCAAUCUGCAAUCAAAAGCGGUUCCAAGGUUCCACUAAGUCCCCAGCAGCUGGUCGACUGCUCAACGAGCUACGGCAACCAUGGUUGUAAUGGCGGUUUCGCGGUCAAUGGAUUCGAAUACGUUAAAGAUAAUGGUCUGGAGAGCGAUGCUGAUUACCCGUAUUCAGGAAAAGAGGACAAAUGCAAAGCAAACGAUAAAAGCAGAAGCGUAGUCGAAUUGAUCGGAUACAAGAGGGUCACUGCUUCAGAGACAAGCUUGAAAGAGGCUGUUGGUACUAUUGGACCAAUCUCAGCCGUUGUCUUCGGAAAGCCAAUGAAAUCGUACGGUGGUGGAAUUUUCGACGAUAGUUCAUGCUUGGGCGACAACCUUCACCAUGGUGUGAAUGUUGUAGGUUACGGAAUAGAGAAUGGACAAAAAUACUGGAUUAUCAAAAACACCUGGGGAGCUGAUUGGGGAGAAUCCGGUUACAUUCGACUCAUCCGUGACACAGACCACAGCUGUGGGGUAGAGAAGAUGGCAAGCUAUCCUAUUCUUGCAUAAACCAAGUGAUUUGAAAAUAUAUUGAAAUACCUAUCAAUCAAACUGAGCGUUAUUAAAAUGUCCUUGUGUUCCAAAUUCCAAACGUUUGAGAAAUUUAUGUACCUCAACAUCAACAUGUCUUCAUGAUUGCAAGGAUGUUGAUGAACGAAGUUCUGGACUUGUUGUUUUAUAUUCAAAUAUGUGGCAGGUACAACGUCACACAAGAGCAAUUACUCUGAAGUUUGUGUUAUUGCAAAUUCGUUAGCA